UCAACAUCAGAUUGUGCAUGAUCAUACCGAUCAACCAUCCUGCCGAUAGACUUGUCAAACGAUUCGAACCCGCUUUAGGUUCUGCAAACAGCUCAUCGUGAGCAAAACAGAAGAUAGAGCAAGGCGCGCAGCGACGAUCCCAUCCCAGUAUGGCGUGCUGUGUGCGUUGCUCAGCAAGCACUUCGCACAAUGCUCUGCGUCGUCUAGCCUCUAGCAGUGGCACUCCCCAGUUGAUCCAGCGACGACACCAAGCACGCUCAGCAUCAUCAGCGGCUCAACAUGUCGAUAUUCCAUCGCAGGAAAAGAAGGGAAAAGGUAAAGAACCCGUUUCCACAGGUGGAGGAGCUUUUGGCGGGCUCAUGCGCAGCUACGGUCAGCCAUUGCCUUUUUCGCAUCCGCAUCUCUUCCCCAAGCGGCUUUCCCUCAGCGCUGGAGCAGACGUUGACCCUGUUGGGGGAGUGGCAGUCGAAGAUCUCACGCCUGGGAUUCCUUCGUCUGAAUAUGCUGAACGGCGGCAGAAACUCAUGGAUGCGUUGCCUGAAGGGUCAGUCGUUGUCGCCAUGUCCGGACGCGUGAAGCCCAUGUCUGGCAAGAUCUGCUAUCGCUUCCGCCAAGAGACCAACUUUCACUAUCUCACAGGCUUCCUCGAAGCGGACGCAUGUGUGCUCAUCGAGAAGCAGUCGAGCUCCCUCAAGGGGUACAAGAUGACCAUGUUUGUGCCAGGGCGAGGCGACGAGCAGGACGAGAUGUGGAAUGGCCCACGAACGGGGACAGAUGGGGCUGAGCAAUUUUUUGGGGCCGACGAGGCUUAUGAGAUGGAUGCCGGUCGUCUUUUGACAUAUCUUCGAAACGUCCUUCCAAGCUAUGACCAUGUCUACGUGGAGCCUCCUGCUUCGCCAACGAAUCCCCGACCCUCAUCGCGAGGCGCCACGUUCGGCAAGUCAUCUCAAGGCAACAUCAUAGAUUACCUUUCUCCUCCUUCCGGCAAUCCUUUCGAUCUCUUCUCACGCAAGGCCGAGUUUGAGACGAUUGUGAAGUUACUCCAAGACUCUCGCAAAUGUCGCCCGCUGCAUCGAGAAGUGGAGAAGCUGCGCUUCCGCAAAUCGAUGAAUGAGCUUCGACUCAUGAAAAGAGCCGGGAAUAUCUCAGCAAGCGCUAUGACGAGCACGAUGGGGCUCGACAUAGUCCCAGGCGUAACGACUGAAGCUCAUGUGCAAGCUCAUUUUGAGUACAAGUGCGCGAUGGCUACUGGACUGAGCAUCAAGCCGGCUUAUGUGCCGGUGGUGGCAUCGGGCAGCAAAGGCCUCACCAUUCACUACAUCAACAACGAUGGUGUCAUCCAGGAUGGCGACUUGAUAUGUAUGGACGCUGGCGCAGAGGUCGACGGCUAUGCGAGCGAUAUCACUCGCGCAUGGCCAGCGAACGGAAAGUUCAGCGGGCCACAGAGGGACAUCUAUGAAGUUCUGCUUCGCACACUCAAAGGAUGCACGGCGCUCGCGACCGAAUCGCAACGCCAUUCCCUUAGUGAUCUGCAUCGGCGCAGCGUUGAGAUGCUUCGGGUUGAGAUGCGCGACCUAGGUGGCUUCAGCAGCCUUGGCGCAGGAGUGUUGGAGCGCACAUUGUACCCGCACUACAUUGGACAUUGGCUCGGCAUGGAUCUGCACGAUACGCCGACAAUCGAGCGCUCAACGGAGCUGGAGGAAGGCGUUGUCCUGACCAUCGAGCCUGGGCUUUACAUUCCUUUCGACGACCGCUUCCCCAAACACUAUCAAGGCAUUGGAAUCCGUCUCGAGGAUGAUGUCGCAGUGCUGAAGGACGGCAACGUCGUCCUGAGCGCGGAUGUGCCAAAGGAGAUCGUAGAUGUCGAGGCUGCCUGCCAUCGCUUCCUCGAUGUUCGGGAGAAUACCCGCCUGAUGUCUGACAAGCAACGGCUGCAAAUAGAUGAAGAGCAGCACCACGCAGCGCAGAGCGCCCAACAGUGACUUGUAGCAUAGAAUCACAUGUCGUACAAAUACAGUAGAAGAUGCUGC